AUGGGGGACAGAUCUGGGGCCCCAGACCCUAUCUAUGUCCUGCGCGGCUCAACCAGCCCUGUGUCCAGUCUGACCUUUCACCCCUCUGGCCAGCUUUGGUCAGGGGGUCUGAAUGGGUAUGUGCAUUCCUGGAACAUGGUUAGCAGGCGAACAGAUUCUCACCUGGAUGCCCAUCAUGGUCUGUCUGUGUCUUGGAUAGAGUUUCUAGACUCUGGGAAAAUGGUCACUCAGGGCCGAGAUGGCUUUGUCCACUUCUGGUCACUUCAGGAAUCACAACUGACCAACACAGGUAGCCUCACAUCGAACCAACAAGGAUUUUGCGCUGGCUGUGUCCUGGCGACAGACAAGGGUCACUCCGUACUAGCAGUCCCAGGGAGAGAAACGUCCCAAGUGGACAUAGUCGAUGUCCCUACUCGUAAAAAUAUAGGAAGUUGCGUCCCUAAGUCUGGGACAAAACUGGGGAUGUGUAUGGCUCUCUGUAAAACUGAAAAUGACUCUCAGCUUGUUAUUGGUUACGAGGAUGGAUCUGUGGCAUUAUGGGAUAUCCGUACGUUUACGAUGGUCGACAAAUGUUCCUUGUACCCAGAAAGUAUAAUGUGUGUUAAUUACAAUUCUCAAGUGAAGAAAGGGGCUGCUGGGUCUGUUGAUGAAAGACUAGUGACCUUCAGUUUGACCUCUGACAGUAAAAUUGAAACAGGACGUGAAAUGAAGGCAACAAAUCCAGGAUUUAAUCAGACACUGUUUCGAAGAGACGGUAAAAUUUUAGCUACUGGUGGUUGGGAUGGAAAUGUGAGAUUAUUUAGUGGUAAAUCAUUAAAACCGUUGGCUGUAUUGACCUACCACAAGGAGAGUGUUCAGGCCCUAGCCUUCUCCACAGACAGUAUACUGGCCUGUGGGUCAAAGGACCAGCACAUCAGCCUGUGGGAUGUCUAUAGGUGA